AUGGCUUUUAAUGUUUUCCAGAACUCUCAGCAAGGAGCAGCGUUUGUUAUUUGUGUUGUAACUAUUCCGCUGUGUACUAUCGCAAUCAUCCUUCGUUUCAUUUCCACACGCCGUGCCCGCCAAAAGAUCGGGUAUGAGGACAUCUUCGCGUUGCUCGCCCUUCUCUUCCACCUCUUGUACACGACGAUAUUCUUAUAUCUCCUCUCAAGACUGAACGGCCAAGUCUACAUCGAAAUAGGCGCUGUCUCUCCGUCGAAGCUAAUCCACAUCCUCAAGGUAGGGUGGUUCACGUCUGCCCAGUACACCGGAAACCAGCUCUUUACUAAGCUGAGCCUACUGGUUUUCUACCACCGCCUUUUCUCGAUAAACCGCACGUUCGAUCGCUGGCUUCAAUUCCUCGGCAUCCUACAGAUCGCUUGGUUUGUGCCGGUCUACCUGGUCAAGUACUUCUUUUGCCUCCCAGUCGAGAGCAUAUGGAACCUGAGCGUACCUGGUAAAUGCAUCAAUAUCGGCGCGUUCCUUGCAGCAACCGAAAGCAUCAACAGCCUGAUUGACUUCGCUAUGAUCAUCCUUGCUGUUUGGAUCGUCAACUCUCUGCAGAUGAGCAACCACGCAAAGUGGAAGCUAGGCAUGCUGUUUGCCUUGGGAGGCCUGUCAGGAAUCAUCGGUUUGAUUAAGAUCAAGGAAGCCUACUCGGCAGCUUACAAUAACUUUCUCUCCCCGAUCUGGGAUAUUGUCCAAAUGUCCACCAGUAUCAUCUGCUGUUGUGCGCCUAUCUAUAAGCCCCUGAUAUCCGACUUGAAGAUCCUGAAGACGUUGAAGGCGACGUUCAGUUCUUCCGACUCCCAAUCGAAGUCAAGGAACUUCUCUACAAGUGGAAGGAGUUGGGCUACAGAUAGCAACCGAUAUGAGACCGGGGAUGAGGCUUGGUUGCGUCUUGAGGAGCGUGGUCACGGCAGAGGAGCCGAUAGAUUCGAGUGA